CGCGCCCGGCGGCGGAGGGGCCGCGGCUGCGCUCGGCGCGGCGGGGGCGCCCCGCGAGGCGUGCGAGCCCCGGCUGAGCCAGCUGGGCGCCAGCCAACCCAGCCAGCCUGGGCAGCUGGACGGCGCCGCGGCGGAGGAGGUCCGGGAGCAGGCCCGCGCCGCGCUGGAGGCGGCGCUGUGCCGGCACGCUGGAGGCGCGCUGGCCCCGCCCGAGGCUUCUGCGCGGGUGCGCGCGAUGGCUGUGGCGGCGCUGGCUUACUGGCAGGACGCUCACGUUGACCUCAACCGCGCCGCCUCCGGCCUGCACCGCUUCCUGGACCAGCACCGGCGCCUGUAUUGGAGGCGGCCCCCGUGGCGCGGCGUCAACUUGGGCGGGUGGCUGCUGCUGGAGCCGGGCCCCAGCGCCCCCUUUUUCGAGCGCCUGGGGCCGCAGUGCGGCUGCGAGUGGUCCCUGCUGAAGUCGCUGCGCCUCAGGCUGGGCGACGAGGGCGCCGCGGAGGAAGUCCGGGCGCACAGGAAGAGCUUCGUCAGCGAGGCGGACAUCUCGCAGAUCCGCGCGCUGGGCAUGAACGCGGUCCGCAUUCCGCUUGGCUACUGGGUGGUCACCGGUCCCACCGACGGCGACCUCUUCGUGGGGCCCGGCCUGGAGCACCUGGACAGGGUGCUGGGCUGGUGCCAGGCCUCCUGGUGCGGCGGGCGGUGGGCCGCCGCCGCGCUUGCUGCGGCGAGAGUGGCGAGAGGCCCAGUGGGCACGAGCGGCGGGCCUGGCGCUGGGAGCUGUGGAGGUUCGACGAGUCCCUCGCGGCGCUGCGCGUGCUCGCGGGGCGCUACCGCGGCCACCCCGCGGUGACCGGCAUCUCCGUCUGCAAUGAGCCCAGCGAGGCGGUGCCCAGCGAGGCGCUGUGCGAGUUCUACGACCGGGCCGUCACGGCGAUCCGAGGGGCCGGCAUGCCGGCGGACCAGG